UCAGGGAAAAGGCGGAUUCGGGUGCACACAUUGUGCCUUCCGGUGACUGCAAUGCUGCAAGACAUCCUUGGAUCUGUAGAUCAGGAGGCAGUUAAGGGCAUGCUCUGUAAAAUGGCAGUGGACCGGAGCCUUUCAUCGUCAGUGGUGGAUGCACGAGAGGCAAUGGUUAAUGCCUGCCUGGACCUUAUCCAAGCUUUCAAGACAACACUGAGUUCUGGUCAAGCAGCUGCAUUGGGGCUGCCCAUACCACAUUGUGCCCGCCUCGUGCCGCUCUAUGUACUUGCACUCAUGAAACAUACAGCAUUUCGUGUGGGCAUAAGUACCAAGCUGGAUGAACGAGUAUUUGCUAUGGAGCAGAUGAAAAUGAUGCCUCUGUCGUACCUGACAACUUACAUCUAUCCAGCAUUAUAUCCUCUACAUAUGCUUGAUGAUCAGGACGCCUUGGAGCUAGAGGAUGGAACACUGGUGUGCCAGCCACCUAGACUGCAAUUGUCGUUUGAAAAUAUUGAUAGGCACGGCUGCUAUGCAUUGGACACAGUUGACCGCCUCUACCUAUACGUGGGCCGUGCACUUAGCGACCGAUUCUGCACGAAUGUGCUGGGUGUGCCAAACUUUGCUGCCAUUCCUGAGGACAUGAAUGAGCUGCCCCAGCUUGAAACUGAGGAGUCUGAAAGGGUACGAAACUUCCUUUCCUGGACGCAGUCAAGACGACCCUUCUACAGCCCCCUCAGGGUGAUCAGGGAAGACAGCAAGGAUCGGCACCUUUUUGUGCAGUACAUGGUUGACGACCGAACAGAAUCGGCUCUCUCCUACUACGAAUUCCUUCAACACUUGAAGCAGCAGCUAAGCAAAUAGGAAAAAGACUGCUUAUAGUUUAUAAAUGUUAUUUUAUUAUUCUUGUUUUCUUUCUUUCCCCAGUGGUCUUGCCUCUUUCUCACUUCUCUGUGGCUCCUCUUUCUUGUCCACCCUUGUGCAGCUGUACCUUGCAGCAGAACCUUCGUGGGCAAGCCUACUUUCACAGUUCGUAUGAAGACGACGAUGCGCGUGAUGUGUGCGUGUGUGUGUGUGUGUACUACAAAACACCCUGACAUGCCAGAAGUGUGGUGCCACGGAAAAGAAAUAUUCUCUCGGUAUAAUGAGCGAGAGAGAGUGUGCCGAUGGAGCAUAAGACUAUGUGCUUUUUUUUUUGCUCCCGCCUCCUUUCUCUCAGUUUGUUUUAAGGGCAUGAAAAAGUUGUAUGCAAAGUUUACCCAUGGGUGUUGUGCUGUGAAAGCUGCUCUGUUGUUUACUUAGGCACUAUUUUAAUGUUGUUGUUUUUUAAAUAAAACUUACAACUCUUCGUUUAAAAAGUUUUUGUAGCAUGGAAAUUAUUUUUUUUCUUGUGGUGUCAUUUUCUUGAAAAACAAGAAAAGCCCAUUUUAAUAAUGGCCUUUUCUUUUUCACAUGUGAAGCUUAUCUCAAUUUCUGAGUAUUGAAGUAUCAAUUUUUAUAGUAUCUCUCUAUGAAUAGAAUUAAUUGGCUUAUUUUCAUGUAUUUUAUUUCAGUUGAAAGGGAGUUUGGUUGGUUAUGCCAUAGAGCAUAACGAGAGGCUAAUUUUUUUUCUGAAGUAAGUCUUCGAGAGAUAACUUCUGGUUAGAGUAGUAAAAAUAUCUGCACAGUUUACACAGGACUGUUAAAAAUGUGCUCAGCUGUUUGCAUUAGAGGCUAACUUUAUGGCUUUUCAACAAGUUCACGACUAUUGCGUCAGGCCAGUUGAAUGAAGACGUACCUUUUAUCAUAUGAACUCAUCUUAUAUGUGUUUUGUACACAUGGUUUUCUGCUUUUGUAGAAUUUUUUCAGAUGAUAAGUGCUUGGAGAUGGUAUUAUCGGGGCAGUCCAUGACAUUGUAAUUUGCAGUUAUAUUUCCUUUCGUGUUUGUGGUUGCGGGGUCUUAAAAGUUGUGAGUGUUGCCACAGCACUUGACUUUUUAACAAAUUGCCUUUACAAAUUGCUUCAGUGAUGUGCACUAGAAGAUGUGUGUAUAUAAACAUAGGUAUAUAUACAUAUUAUAAAUGUGUCAAGAACAACUGUUUGCUGUUUUGUUUGUGUUUGCUUUUGGGUGUGAUGCCACUAGAACAUUUUACUGCUUUAUGCAAAGAAAAAAAAUUUUGCAACUACCUUUCUAAUGUUGCAAUAUAUAACCGAAUAAAUUAUGACAUCAGAGCAGUUCUUAUUCAUGGCGACAUGUGGGGAAGCUGGUUGAUUAAAUAUUUUUUUUUUGAACGAAAUUGAUGUUUCUUUUUGCAUUACUGAAUGCUAUUCCACAUGUGACAACCAAGUAUGGUGUGCAUGUAUGCAUGCAUGUAUAUUCUUGCUUUUGUUGCUUGCUUGUUUUGGAAAAUAGCCAGUCGUUGACUGCUAGCAAAAUCCUAAAUCAGUUUUAUUUUGCCAAUUUUACAGACACUAAGUACUGUUCUAAAGUUGUGCUGCUGUUUGACACACUACAUUCACACUCAAGGCAUGGAUGCCACAAUCAAUAUUUGUAAAAUUUUGGUGAGGUUAUUUUAUGAGCAAGCAUCUAUAAUGCCUUUUAUGGCACGAAAUCAUGCCUCAAUACCGAAAACUGCAUAAA